AUGCUUUGGUAUGAACAACUGCAAGAAAACAAUCCAAAUAUUACUUUACUUCGAAGAAUAGGUCAUACAUAUCUGUUGCAUGAUGAUAAUGUUUCUUUGGAAAACUUUCCUCAACACAGUAAUCUAUCCAUUUUUGAUAAAGAAAAUAAAGAAAAUCAAGGAUUUUAUUUAUUAGCAAAAGUCGAAGGAUUUCAGGCAGAAAAUU